GAAGAAGAUGCAAGAUAGUUGCAUAGGUACACAUGUGGCAGUGUGCUUUCCUGCCUUCCUCCCCUUCACCUAUGUCUGGCAUUUCUUCCCAUGCUAUCUCUCCCCAACUCCCCACCACCCGCUGUUCCUCCUCAUUCCCCGCAACAGACCCCAGUGUGCAGUGCUCCCCUCCCUGUGUCCAUAUGUUCUCAUUGUUUAACACCCGCCUAUGAGUGAGAACAUGCGGUAUUUCAUUUUCUGUUCUUGUGUCAGUUUGCUGAGGAUGAUGGUCUCCAGGUUCAUCCAUGUCCCUACAAAGGACACGAACUCUUCGUUUUUGAUGGCUGCAUAAUAUUCUAUGGUGUAUAUGUGCCACAUUUUCCCAGUCCAGUCUAUCAUCGAUGGGCAUUUGGGUUGGUUCCAGGUUUUUGCUAUUGUAAACAGUGCUGCAAUGAACAUUCGUGUGCAUAUGUCCUUACAGUAGAAUGAUUUAUAAUCCUCUGGAUAUAUACCCAGUAAUGGGAUUGCUGGGUCAAAUGGAAUUUCUAUUUCUAGGUCCUUGAGGAGUCGCCACACUGUCUUCCACAAUGGUUGAACUAAUUUACACUCCCACCAACAGUGUAAAAGUGUUCCUAUCAUGUUUGUUUCUUAAGAAAUCAAUUUACCACAUUUUGGAAGUCUGGUUUUUUGUUUUUUGUUUUUUUUAAAUCAGAGCAGGGGACUGCUGUUGGAUCUACACUGUUCAGGUAAUACAUGAACAGUGGUAGAGUUGCAGGACAUUUUUUUUUUUUUUUUGACAUGGAGUCUCGCUCUGUUGCUCAGACUGGAGCAAGUGGCACGAUCUUGUCUCACUGCAACCUCUGCCUCCUGGUUCGAGCGAUUCUCCUGCCUCAGCCUCCUGAGUAGCUGAGACUGCACGCAUGUGCCACCAUGCCCAGCUAAGUUUUUUGUGUUUUUAGUAGAGAUGGGGUUUCACCGUGUUAGGAUGGUCUUAAUCUCCUGACCUGUGAUAUGCCCUCCUCGGCCUCCCAAAGUGCUGGGAUUACAGGCAUGAGCCACCAUGCCUGGUCACAAGGACAUCUUAAUAGCAUCUUUUGCCUCAGGGCUUUGGUUUCGAGUUAGGGCUUAGGCUGAUUAAGGUAUAGUGCUUAUAUAUUACUAGUUGUGUAUGUAAUUAGAACUUCUAAGCAGAGUCAGACUCGCUAAUUGUGAAAGAUGUACUCAACUGAUUUGUAGUACACCCUAGGAUUGUUACAAGGUGUGUAGAUGUCUGUUCCCUGAGAGCAAAGAUCUUUUCAUCUAUUAGCAGUGUGACCACGGGUUCUUACUAAACUUAGAGGAGACUGCCUAUUUUCCGGAAAGUGGUGGAGAUGAAAUGGUUGCUUUUUGGGAGAUUGUCACUCAGUGAGUGUACUUCUGGCCUCAAUGGCCUCCCACACAAAUCCACUGAGAGUUGUCAUCCCAAAUGUAACUCAGUCACAAGGCUUGCUUCUUUUACCAAGAAAACUUUGAUAAUAACUGAAAAAAUUAUUUUGUUAAAUUCAAGGUAAUACUAAAAAUUUCUUGGGGAAAAUUUGAACUUUGAAUCCCUGACCGUAGAAGUUGUUUAUCAUUAAAAGCAGAAAAAUGUGGGAGGACUAUUUUAGAUUUAAAAAAAACUAAAGAGACAACUGGUGUAAUAUGUAUAACUUGAUGGAAUCUGUCAGAAAACAUAAGUAACUAUAAGGUGUGUUUGGACAGCUGGGAAAGUUGAAUAUUGUCUAUAUGUUAGAUGAUAAUGAUAGAAUUACAGUUAAUUUUAUGCAUCAGAAUAUGUGUAUCAGAGAAGGAAAAAGCAAAUGGGGCAAACUUAAUAAUAGUUGAUAUGCAUCUAGGUGAAGGACACACAGGUAUUCAUUGUACUAUUCUUUUAGCUUUUCUGUAGAUUUAAAGCUUUUCAAAUCAUGUUUUGGGAAAUAAAAGAAUAUGCUUGCCAAAUGUGAGAUGAACAAAGAGUUGUGGUAGACAAUAAUAAACAGUAAAUGAUAUAAAACAAUUUAAAGGCCAGUGGGUGACUUAUCUAACCCUUCCUAUAUUGUCCUAGGGAAUAAAAAUCAGGUCAUCAAACAAAGCGAUACUUGAAAUUAUUGGUUUUGGGUAAUCUUUUAACUGAUUAAUCAAAUCAUAGUAUACCUACCUAGGCAGUUUAUCUUUUCCUGUCUUAUUCAGGAGGCUUCAAAAUGAAGGCAUUUGGGCACAUUCUGUAUUCAGAUAUAUCAUAGAUAGAUUGAUAAAAGUGACUUCACCUCUUUCAUUCCCCAUCAAUUGUUCUUCAGUGAAAAACUUUUGGGGGAAAGACCCUUAAAAGCAAAGCAGAGUGAGUUUCAAAUGAUGAAAAUAGUUUUCUAAACAAUGUAACAUAAUUAAAGAUAAGCUGAUUUUUUUUUAGCUGUUCACAGGUUUAGUUGCUAGGAUGGGUAAUGAACUAGAAAGCUAUAUACCUUUGAACAGCAACUUUUCAAAAUAUUACAGAUAAAGAACAAGGUUAAGAAUAUUUUGCGAUUUCUUUCAGUUGAAAUGCAUAUCAUUCAACAAAGUAGUUAAUGCUUCUUUUUAUCAAAUCAUAUGAAAUAUUCCGAUUUAAAAUAUUUUAUAAUUUCCAUCUCCUAAUUAAAAAUGUGAUUACAUUCUUGCUGUCAGACUGAUUAGUUUUUAGAAGUACAGUAAUUGCAGCAGGUGUUAAUCUCACGUUGGUAUUUGCUUCACACCCCCUCAUGUUUGGUAGAAUGGAAUUUAUAGAGUGGAUAAGUGCUUAGAACAUAACAAAAGUGCCUGAUGGAGCCCCCAGAAAUCUGGUGACUAGCCCAGACCAGAAUUGUACUUGUCACCAAUUUUAGACCCUUGUCCCAUUCUAACUCUGAAGACCAACUUUGCUUUGCCCUGAACCACACAUACUUUUGUGCUUUUUAUCCUGGCCAACAUUACUUCAGCAUUGAUUGUUUUCCCCCUAGUAUUAAAGGAACUUAAUUUGAUAUAAUUUAGCUUAAAUAAUGCUGUAUGCUAUGUCCAGUAUUCACCGAUUGCUUAAAUGUUUAAGAAUGUUUACUAGUGUGAAUACUGUUUUUUACUGUAUUUAAGUAAACCCAUGUAAGGUAUUUAUAAAUUGCCUCUAUAACUUAUAUUUAUGGAUUAAAAUGUUUUUGUUUUGAAUAAUGGCUAACACUUAUAUUUUACUGUGAGCCAAGCACUAUCCCAAGAACUUUCCAUAGGUUAACUUACUAAAUUGAAUUCUCACAGCAACCCUUUGAAGUAGGCAUUACUGUUGUGGUCCUGAUCAUUUUAUGGAUUGAUUUGGAAGCUGAGAAUCAAAAAGGUUGGGCAUGUGGUAAUUGAUGAAGGUGGGAUUUGAACCUUGGCUCACUGCUGCUGAGUUUAUAGUUCUCAUCACCUGGGCAAUGGUGCAGUCCAGGUGCAGUUGUCCUCUUCAGGUGAAGGAGAGCUGCUGCUCUUACUGUUCAUGACAUUCCUUUUGAGUCACCUGGGCUAGAAACUAGGGAGCUCCCUUUGCCUUGUUUGCUGUUAACACCUCACUCAUCAAUAAGUUUUACCGAUUCCAACUCUGAAAUGUUUUCUUUGUCCAUCCUUCCUCUCUGCCCUGGUGCUACUGCCCUAUUUCAGGCAGCCGUGUAGGUCAGGGGUUGGCAAAUCAUAGCCGAUGGUCCAAAUCCAGCCACUGCUGUUUUUGUAUGUCUUGCUAGCCAAAAAUGGUUUUUACAUUUUUAAAUGGUUGGAAAAAAGUCAAAAGAUUAAAUUAUGAUACAUGAAAAUGAUAUGAAAUAAAAAUUUUAGUGUUCAUACAGUUUUACUGGAAUAGAGUCACGUUCAUAGAGUCAUGUUCAUUUCCUUGUGCUACUUUGUCUGACAAUGGCAGAAUUGAGUAGGUAUAAUAGAGAAUAUUUACUGUCUCGCCCUUUACAAAAAAAGUUUGCUGACCCUUGAUCUAGAUUAUUAUAGUAGUUCUACUUACUAACUUCCCAAACCUUCCCUUAUGUCUCCUUCCUUUCUGUUCUCAUUGUUGAUGGAUGGGUAGUAGUGGGCGAAUACAAGAAACUAGUAUUCUUAUUAUCUCUGAUGUGGUGUUUAUUUAAUUUUACCACAUAGUCAUAUCUGUUAGUUGUUUACCUGUUUCUGUCAUGUAAUAGAGUUAGGAACUCCUUAUUGUUAGGAUGAUACCUUACCCACCAACAAAGGGAUGAUACAUACCCACAUGCUAUCCAUGCUUGAAUGAAGAUAUAAUCAGUCAUUUAUAAAUGGCACUUUAAAUUUUUACUCACAUACUAUAUUUUCAUUUUAAGAGCAAAUAAAAAAAAGCAGUUGGUAAAGUCUGUCAGAAGUUUUUUUGUAUGUGCAGACUCCCUUCCAGCAUGUCUUUUAGAGCUUUUACGGUGAUGGGAUCCUUGUUACUUCUUUUGUAACACUGACAAAAGAAGUGUGAUGAAGGUGUUACUAGGUCUCUGACAAGUACGUGGUUUAAAAGCUAAGUCAUUUUAAUUAGUGAGUGACACAUGCUUUAUUAGAGCCAUUCUGGCCUAGAGCAAUAGUAUGAUACUGGUAGCUUUAGGAAUGUUCUUGAAUGUGGCACUUAAGUUACAAGAGGGCUCUAGAGCCAUACCAGUUUCCAGGGGUUACAGUUUGCUGGUGAGUUGAGCAGGAUUGGCAUUACAGAGAUAAUGUGGAAAGGUUUGAUGGGUUUCCAUUCCAUAGGAUGCUCCCUUGGGCAAUCUGUUAGGAGUUGAGGAAGUCCCGAUAUCCUGGAAGGACCAAACAUAUGUAUAGUAAAGGUCAGAACAAACUGGAUGUCUCAUCUAGAGUAUUGGGUGGUGUUUGAAGAGGCAGGUUUUGAAGAUCAUGGAAAGCAAAAGUUCUUCAGGUCAGAGUCUUCAGAGCAGUGGCCUAGGUAGGGAAAAUCUAUGAAUGUGUGAACUGCAGGCAGGUAGGUUGUUGAUACUUUCCUAUUAUCUUUCCUGCUGCCUCAAGGACAUACCAUUGCUAUCGUCAUAAGAGUUCUGAGGUCUUGGUUGUAAUGUCAGCAGUGGGAGAAUACAUAUGUCAUCAAGCUGCAAACUGCAUUCUGGGUCAUCAGUGCUCUCUUUUCUGUAUUAAUGUGGCACUGUGAUCAUGGAAUCGCAGAUACUCUGGGAGCAGUCCAGCUUUAAUGCAGAGUUCUUCUGGAGGUUGGAAGGACUUGCCUGAUAACUAUCACCUUGCCCUCAUUGAUAAUUCUGAUGAAAACCUGCCCCUCCAUAGUCAUCAGGCCUCUUACCUCAGACAACCAAGAGCAACCAGAAUUCUUUUGAGACACUUGGGAUAUGAUGUGCACUCAUCACCUUUUGUAUUAGCUGCCAGGAAAGCUAGUUUCUGGGAGAAGUACCUUUAACAGCACUUGUGUAGAUUUCAAGAUUUUCCAGACUGAUUGUUUCAGUGGGAAUUUUAAACCCAGAGUAGAGAUACUUAAAACGAGAACGUAAGAAAAGAUGACAAUGAUUGAGAAGCCGUAGACACAAAAAGCUGAUAACACAAAAAAGUUAAGUUUUAAUUUAAAUUCAAGAAACAGAUUGACUAAGAUCAUGAUCAUCUUACAAUUAGAGGAUUAGUUUAUCACUUAUAAUUAAUAUUGCCUAGCCAUCCCUUAUUCUUGUUUGACAUUUGUCAUGGAGAAACAUUGCAAAUCCUUGCCCAUGUUAUAUACUUAAGAUUUGUGCACCCAAACAUCAGUCUGCUAAGGAGGACAUGGAGAAUAUAGACUUUCAUGAAGUUAUAGAAGAAAAUGUAAAGGGCACUAUAUUCCAGAGUCUUUCUUUGUAAAGUUUUAGUUAUAGCAGUUAUUAGCCCUUAUGUAAUGCUCUCCUGUUACUGUAAAGAAAUACCUGAGACUGGGUAAUUUGUAAAGAAGAGGUUUAAUACUUUUACAGAACUUCAUGGUUCUGUAGGCUGUUUAGGAAGCUUGACACCAGAAUCUGUUCAGCUUCUGGUGAGGCCUUGGGCUGCUUAUAGAAGGCAGAGGGAAAAUGUUAUUUUACAUGGUGAGAGCAGGAGCAAGAGGUGGGGGGAGGUGCCACACAUUCUUAAAUGACCAGAUUUCCUGAGAAAUCACUCUGUCAUUAGGACAGCUCCAAGGAUAUGGUGCUAAAAACGAUUUGUGAGAGAUCAGGCCCAAUGAUCUAAUCACUUCCCACUGGCCCCCACCUCCAAUACUGGGAAUUAGGUUUCAACAUGAGAUUUGGUGGAGACAAAUAUCCAAACUAUUAUCAGCCCUUCUUAUAGAAGAGGUUCUCCUUUUACAUUAUAUUCAUAUUACUAUUCGGGAUGCGGAAUGGAAGGAGGCCCCAAAACAUCGGUGGAAUUGUUCACGUGUAUAGUCCAUAAGAACAAAUUGUAAUAACUUGGUUAAGUGCUAUUGGAUUCACAACUCUACUGUCAGCUAACUGAUACUCCAGGGAAAUUUGGUGUCCAUGUUUUGACUUGUUCAUGCUGCUGUCCUCACCACUGUUGCCACCAUUGUGCUAAACUGUCUGUCCUUUUAAUUUGCUUUUAUAAUCAAGUGUUCCCAUAAAUAUUGCAGGCCAAAGGAUGAGCCUGAUAAGGAAAUAUAUAUAUAUAUUAGCAGAGUGAAUAGAGUUAGCUGCCUUGGCAGGUGGCUGGAGAGCUCUCUGGGAGUGUUAAGGGAAAACAGCUGGGGGUGCCAUUUUGUAGAUUGAGGCUCUGGAUUGAGUUGGACUAGAUGAUCUUUAUGUCUCUAUUAAUUCUGAGGAUUUUUAAUUUUUUGAGCACUCUUGGCCACACUUGAUUUUUUCUUUCUUUUCUUUUCUUUUGAGACGGAGCCUCACCCUGUUACCCAGGCUGGAGUGCAGUGGCGCCAUCUCAGCUCACUGCAACCUCUGCUUCCCAAGUAGCUGGAAUUACAGGUGUGUGCCAUCUCUUCCAGCUAAUUUUUUGUAUUUUUAGUAGAGAUGGGGUUUUGCCAUGUUGGCCAGACUGGUCUUGAAGUCCUGGCCUCAGGUUAUCCACUCUGCUUGGCCUCCCAAAGUGCUGGGAUUACAGGUGUUAGCCGCUGUGCCCAUCCCACACUUAAUUCUUAAUAAUCAGUUUGAGCCAGGCACAGUGGCUCACACCUAUAAUCCCAGCACUUUAGGAGGCCGAGGCAGGAAGAUCCCUUGAGGCCAGGAGUUUGAGACCAGCCUGGGCAACAUAGCAAGACCCUCUCUCUACAAAAAUAAUUAGCCACGUGAAACAUACUGGAGAUCACUAUUUUAUGAUCUGUGUCUAAGCUGGGAAGGAAGUAGAGAAGACAAGAAUAGUGAUCAACCUUAGAGCUGAUUAUCUUCAUUAGGAAACUGGGAGUUAACAAUGCAGGACAGAAGAGAACAUCAAGGAAACAAGUCUCUUUAGAGAACAGAAAGUGGAAGAAGGGACACAUUGCUCACAGUGUGAGGCUCACCUCAGGUGAUACGCCCUCUUAUCCCCUCAUUCAUGGGAUGGGGUAGGGGAGUGGGUGCUCAGGAUUUAGAGAAAAAGGAAUGUGACUUCCAAAAAAGGAAGAGUACAGUUUGGCCUAGCCUCUUUCUGGUGGACAUGCACUCUCAUAAGACAUUGAGAGGAUUGCAGAAUGUUGAGGAAAAGGAUAUCCCUGGGAGAACAGAGCCGAGUUAGGACUUUCAGUAGAGACUGGUUCCUUUGUCUCUUUAUGACAUUCCACGAACUGCCCUUGAAUAUGGCACAAGCUCCCAAUAGCUGGAAGAAGAAGGGUUCUCCUAGACAACACAGCAUCACACACAGAGAAGCCAGAUCGAAUGUCCUUGUGAAGUAGAAGGCAAUGAGGAGACACGGCAAGGCCUCUGUACACAUGGCAGGACGGACAGAGAAAGGCUCAGUGCAUAUAGUAGAAGAAUGCAGUCUGUUCUGGAAAAAAAUAAUGAUUUCCUUUCAAAAAAGGAAGAGAAUUCCCAAGUACUGUGGAAUAGUUUAAUAGGAACUAGAAGUUUAUAAAACACUAGUUCAGAAGUGAUAAAAUAACAGAAUGAGGUGAAAAGGGAAAAUACGGGGCCAAGAAACACUUAAGGAACUUAUUUGUUGCAGAACAACAAAUAAAUUAGAAGCAGCAAGGAAAAGGAUACUCAUGGCUGAAAAGUUACCUUACUGACAGCAAAAGCUUGAGAUGUUUACAGUGAGUGCAGAAGAAAACCUUGGAGCAGUGAGAAAAAUAGAUGAGUAUGGGAAACAGAUGGAGAACAUUACAGGUGAUUGGACUGUCUACAGGCGCAGCUGAGAUGGUACCAUUAUGGGCCUUCCAUUCUCUAGUUCAAAUUUGUCUUGGAAUGCUGAUUUUAAGUUGCAGAAAAUUUACUUUUUUAGAUAUAACUCAUUUGGAAAUAUGUAAGCAUGGACAUAUUGGUGAAAAUGAAUAUUCAUGUGCUUCCUAGAAGAAUACCAAUGAGAUAAAGAUUUAUUUAUAGCCUGAAACCAGGAAAAUCCCCCCUUGAAGCAGUUUGUUUCCUGGCAUUGAUACACAGAGCUUCCCUCCCCCACCCUGUGAUGAUUUUCUUGGGUCUGCAGGAACUAUCUUUUGCUAACUGUGAAUACUGACCUGCUGAUCGUAGGGCAAGCAUUUUGCUGCUUUUUCUGCAUCCAGAACUCAUUAUGUAGUGUGGGUUUUAUGGAGAAAAAGAAAUUUUGUUUUGUUCUGUCAGACAUCUGUGGUUAAUCAUUUACCUUUUCUACAUUUAAAAAAAAAUAUUUCAAGUAAGUCUGGAUGACAAGUUAGCAUACGGGAAGAGCAAACGGAUCCGGUAACAUUUACUAUCACUGACGGGAAACUGAACUUUCAUUCCUUGCAUGCCACCAAGUAAGGCUGAGAAUCUUUACAUUGCAGAUUGCUUGGGGAGACUAGAGGCUGAGGGGAAAUUGGUUGCUGGAAUGCACUUGUCAUGAAUUAUUCAUUCACUUCUGCAUUCUCUGAAGGUCAGCUGGAGGAAGUAGUUAGUCCAUCCAGUUUGAUGGUGGGAGUGCUAUGCUGAGGGCUUCAGUGAGCCCUCAAAAGUCCAGCUGCGACAGCCAGCCAUGUGCCACUGCUGGCAGCUGUAGGGUGGCAGCUGCUGUGCAGGCAGUGCCUGUCCCCCAGCAACAAGCACAGAGGACUGUGCUGCAGGGAAGUGCAGCACUGAGCACACACCAAUGCAUUCUUGUUGGAAAAGGAAUCUUCAGAAUGAGAAGACUUUGGGACAUUCCAUGAGUCAUUCGAGCAACAUUUCUAAGGCUGGGAGUCCUACAUCAGCAUCAGCUCCGGCUCCAGUGUCCACCUUCUCUCGCACUUCUAUCACGCCUUCCAGCCAGGACAUUUGCAGUUCCAGUGCAGUGUUUUCUGAGUGUUGUCACCACAGUUCCAUGCAGUCUGCUGUUGUCUUGAAAGCUCCUCACUGCCAGAGUUCUCUGACACAAGGGCUCACUGUGACAGUUAUCUGUAAGGACACAUUACAGGCGUCAAAGAGAAAUUCCUUUGGUUCAGAAUGGGUCCAGGCCUUGAGGCCUGCUAAGAAUACCAAAGCCAGAAGAACACUAAAGUUCUCAAGAUCCCUCAGUGAUGUGGGUGAGAAGGCACAGGAUUCUUCGGAAAGUUUUGCUUAUGUGGAAAGAACUUGUUCUGAAGGAAAAUUAAUAUUCCCUCAAGAUUUGUGUCUCAGAACUAGCAAGUACCAUCAUAAAGAAAAAAGAACCCUGAACUACAAACCUCUUGGCAAUUCCAAACAUUCUUGUGUUUCAUGCCUUUCUGCCAGUCACUCAGCUGCCCCAGAGGUGGAAGCUGGCAAGGGGGGCAGGCCUGGCCUGCUGCUGGAAGAGAAGGCAGAUGGCGAGGCUGCAUCCCGAAGCCGGCGACUGCUCCGGUACCUGUUCUCACUCUCGCGUGGCUCGAGCGCCAGCAGCCUGCACAGGUUCCACGAGCUGGAGAGCUGCACCGCUCGCCUGCACACUGCCAAGUCUUCCAGUGGGCUGGCAGGGAGCACGGGCUUCUGCUCUGACGACAUGGGAGAUGACGACGUCUUUGAGGACAGCACAUCUGCAAAAUUGAAGAGUAGGGUUCUGCGGGCUCCCCUCUGCUCCACGGAAAAGGACAGCGACCUGGAUUGUCCUUCUCCCCUCUCUGAAAAAUUAGCCCCUGUAUCUCCUGUGUCCACAUCAGGGGAUGCCUGCAGGAUAUGCCACUGUGAAGGAGACGACGAGAGCCCCCUCAUCACCCCCUGCCGCUGCACAGGAAGCCUCCACUUUGUGCACCAGGCCUGCCUGCAGCAGUGGAUCAAGAGCUCCGACACGCGAUGCUGUGAGCUCUGCAAGUACGAGUUUGUCAUGGAGACCAAGCUGAAGCCGCUGAGAAAAUGGGAGAAGUUGCAGAUGACGGCCAGCGAGCGCAGGAAGAUUAUGUGCUCAGUGACAUUCCACGUUAUCGCCAUCACAUGUGUGGUCUGGUCCUUGUAUGUGCUCAUUGACCGUACUGCCGAGGAGAUCAAGCAGGGGCAGGCAACAGGAAUCCUGGAAUGGCCCUUUUGGACUAAAUUGGUAGUUGUGGCCAUCGGCUUCACUGGAGGACUUCUUUUUAUGUAUGUUCAGUGUAAAGUAUACGUGCAAUUGUGGAAGAGACUCAAGGCCUAUAAUAGAGUGAUCUAUGUUCAAAACUGUCCAGAAACAAGCAAAAAGAAUAUUUUUGAAAAAUCUGCACUAACAGAGCCCAACUUUGAAAAUAAAGAUGGACGUGGAAUCUGUCAUUCCGACACAAACUCUUCUUGUUGCACAGAGCCUGAAGACACUGGACCAGAAAUCAUUCAUGUCUGAUUGUGUGCGGGUUGUCAUUUUCCUGGACAUUCAUGAAGAGCCGAAGGAAAUUGUUUACUGCCAAUUUGUGUACCUUUCUUAUGUCCUUUAAUAGCAUAGACUGGGCAGGUGACUAUUUAUAGUGGCUUCUCUUUUUUCUAAACCCUCCUAGAAAGCCCUCCUGUGGGCCGGGCAUGCCUGGGUCCUGCCUCUGCCUGGCAGCUCUGUGGGAAGGGAAGGUGGAAGGCUCCAUGAUGACACAAUGGGGGGCCAGCGGAGUUCCGACCCAUGGUAUUGAGCAGAAUGAGAGCAUAAAAUGCCAAUUCCAAUGGAAUAGCAGGAGCAGGGGCACCCAGGCCCUAAUAUGCAGCUGCCUCCAGCUUACAUUGGUCCCCAGCCUGGAACAGAGCUUGGGGAAUGUCUAGCCAUGCUGAGAGGAUUCCCUCCAUACCACGGAGAGCCCCAGGAGGCGGUACUGAAACAGGCCUCCAAACACAGACUCCAGCCUGCCCUCUGCCAGUGCUGCCUCCUCCGUGCUCUUGAGCAGAUGGGGCCGUGGUGCUCUGUGGUGGCGCAUGAUUCACUGAGCAAACAGCACUUUACAGAAGAGAAUUUUUAUUUUGUAAUAUGUGUGUCCAGUGGGAUUGACACUCAAAAAAAAAGUCUCGCUUACAAAUCUUCCCUUCCUUACCUUUGUUAUCUCCUUUACAACAUGACCGAUCAAAAACCCACUUUGCCUUAUAUAUGCUAAGAAGCAUGGCAUUCGUUCUGUUCAUAAAACAGACUCAUGACUUUAAGACAGGACAAAUAGGCCGGAUGCUUUUUUAUCACAGAUCUCAUGGAAAUUAAUGGAUUCUUAAUGGCAAUUAAAGCAUGAUUCCUAUGCUUUUGAGCCUGUUUUAUGACAAGGUGUUAUUUCAUAGACCUGACCCAUACAUUUCUUUUCGUCAACACUGAAAAAGAAGAGUUUUUGAGAUUUAAAUGGAAGGAAAGGAAGUAAUUACAACAAAACCGAAUAUUUUAAAAAUACUGCUUUAUGGUAAAUCUCUCCAGUUGGUGCUGGCUUCACAUUGAAAAAGCAGCCAUGUGCCACCCUGGCUGGGCUGUAUGCACUGCAGGUUCUCCCUUGCACGCAAGAUGGGCACUGGCUCAUUGUGAGGCUUCUGCUCAUGGAGGUUCUGUGGAGUCACUGCCAGGGCCAUGAGGCAGGCAGGCUGGCUCUGGGACGAGGGCCAGGUAUGAGCACACUGCCAGGGUCUGCUGUGCCACUGCUACCCGGCCAUACACCCGCCCAGCUGUCGCCUUAACCAGACUGAACAGGAUCCUUCGGGGCCCUUGGCCCCACUUUCGGUCCAUUCUGUCAUCAGGGAUUAUUACCACCUGUACCAUUUUCAUAAAACCAAAUCACUACCAUCAAAUGGCCUUGUCUCUCUAAAAAGUCUGCUUAAAAUUCUGUUUUUCUUUGUUUUUUGUUUUUUGUUGUUUUUUUUUUUGAGACGGAGUUUUGCUGUUCUUACCCAGACUGGAGUGUAAUGGCAUGAUCUCGGCUCACCACAACCUCCGCCUUCUGGGUUCAAGCGAUUCUCCUGCCUCAGCCUCCCGAGUAGCUGGGACUACAGGUGCGCACCACCAUGCCCAGCUAAUUUUUUUGUAUUUUUAGUAGAGACGGGGUUUCAUCUUUUUGACCAGAAUGGUCUCGAUCUCUUGACCUCGUGAUACACCCGCCUCGGCUUCCCAAAGUGCUGGAAUUAUAGGCGUGAGCACUGCGCCCGGCCAAAAUUCUGUUUUUCAAACCCAGUUUCCUAGUGCCAGGCAAAUAGUUACCUCUGGGAAAGUUGCCGGGGGGCCUGAAAUACAAUAUAAGUAGUCCAGAUGCUUUCUCUCCAGGAUACUCUCUCACCCAGCCUGCAGGGAGGAGGCGGGAGAUGCUGGGGGUCCUGCCCUCAGUCUCUCUGGGCCUUAGGCGCUUCAUUUGCCCUGCACUUUGUUGCUACUAAGGGGAUGAAGCAAACACAAGAUGAUAUAUUUGCCUUUCAGAGUGGAAGUCCUAGAGUUUGUUUUGAAGGCCAGAAUGCUGAAGCAUCUCUGAGCUGUGGUUUGGGCUUAAUGGCAGCAGGCUUUGCCCUCCUGUCUCCUCCAAGCCGGUGUCUGAUUUCCUUGGCAACACAGGUCUUAGUCUGUGGAGUGGCUCUGCUGUGGCCUUCCUCUGGCUGGGCAGGCACUGUCUAGCCAAAGCCAGCUCCUGAAAACAGGUCAGCCUCCCCUCUCUAUCUCCCAGGCCACCUACAGCCCAUGCCUGUGUUCACUGUACCCCAAAGUGCAAUUACCCAUACCACUUCUCAGCCUGGGGACCCCAGGUAACCACAGACUGUCCACUCAGGGGAGCUGAAUUCCAGGUCCGCCCUGCCAGUGUCCCUGAGGAACUGCUCAGGCAAGGCCCCUGAUUCUGUAUACUCGUUCCUGCCACCCUCCAGCAGUACCAGAUUAGAUUUUCUAAGUGUGAAUCCCUGCUUCAUAUAUGGAACCCCUUAUGCUGAACUUGAAAAGCACCAAGAUUUCCUGUAGACAGGAGAGUGCUUAGGUAGGGACAGCCCCUGGGCAGCCCACCCAGUGUGGCUGGCACCCCACUAUGGCAAAGGUGCCUUUAUAACUGAGCCCUGUACCCUUCCCAUGCCCAAGCAGAUUCUCAUGGGAAGCCCUUUCCCUUUUCUGCCUAAUACCAUCUUACCAUCUCUGGCCUCACUGUGGACAAUCUGCACGCAUUCUUAUUUCCCCUCCUAGCAGGACACAGAGCUACCCCCUUGCCUUUUUUUUUCUUGAAGAUUCUAGUUCAGCUCCUGAUUCAUCAGACCCUCCUAGCCCCCUGCAUCUAGCAGUGAAGCACAAAGCCUGGCAGGGGUGUGGUACUCCCAUCUGGUGUGGGCACCACCAGCUCUGCCAGUGCUGCAAUAACCUGGGUAAACUUGCUCCCUCAAUUCUUUUGGGUUCUGUGUUCCCCAGCUUCCCCCCGCUUCAUGCCCCCUAUUUUGCACCCAGCUUUAGUGAAAGGAUCGCAUUUGGUUGACCCAUAUAGAAGCCCAGAAUGAGAUCUCAGGGCCAGGGAAGGGGAAGAGGCAAGUGGUCUGGGGUAUCACCAGCCAGCCCUCUCUGAUUUGGCCUCUAUUCCCCAUAAGUCACAGUACCAUAUGCAGGCUUUUGGCCUCAGCAAUUUGAUUUUUGUGCCCAGAUUUAUUGUAAGAAUUUCCUGAAAACCCUAUAAAAGGUAUCUUCCUACUCUAGGCCUCUAAUGUUUCUCCCCUUUUUGCUUCAGUCCACUCUUCGGUCAUGUAGACCUAGUUUUCAAACCUGCACAUGUGUCCUACCUGGCCAUAGGCAUGCCCGCCUCAGGCACCUGGGCCAGUUUGGGAGCCUCAGUUGAUGCCUACACGAUCCAGGGCUGCCUCUGCAUCCCUGGUGUGGGCUAUAGGGCUGCAGAAGGCCUGGGACCAACCCAGUGAGAUCCGUGAGGCUGUGGAUAUGGCUGGAGGCAAAUACACAUUUAAAGUACUUUCCCUUUUGAAUCUGGCUUAAAACAUGCAGCUUACAUCUCUAGCCCAAGAAAAGACCAAAACAUAGGGAACUAAAAGCAUUUAUCUUUGUCUUGGAAAGUAAUUGUUGAAGUUGUGCAGUUGAUCAAUGCACAGUUAGAUACAGUGUUUAUGGAAAUUUAUCGUUAAACCAAAUUUAUACUGGCUUAUGUGGUGUAGUUUCUAAAAGGCACUUCACAUUUCAAAUUUUUCUUAGAAAAUUUCUAGUAAUCUAAAUGUCUAGUUUUGUAUUCUUUUGUGUAUGUUCACUGUUUCUCAGUAUUACCACUUGAAUAAUUCUCUGUAAAGGGGGGUUUGUGCUAUACACUGGGAUGUCUAAUUGCAGCAAUAAAGCCUUUCUUUAAAAAGGA